GAACCUUCUCCUACAGUUGGACGUUCGUUGACGGCGUUCAUGCGAGCCGACAGAAAGUGGCGCCUACGGGGCGACGACAGCUAGAAGCCAGCCGUAAAGGCCGAGUCAUGACGAGCAGCAUCGAACCGGAGGUGGCGACGCUCAGAGGACAUAAGGACACGGGGGAGACGAAGACAGACAAUGGGAAAUCCUUCACGACUCUCAGCACCAUCGCAAUUCAGACUGGCCAAUCGCAGCUGGUCGUGUCUGUAGUCAAGAGCGGCUCGCUGGUCCACCUUGAGCUGAUCCAGGUCCAGCCUGACCUCUGUGAGAUUGGCUCAAACCAGGAUGAAAACAGGACACUCAUGCAAGAACAUGAGAAGUUGAUGAAGACAAUGAAGAAACACCAGCAAGAAGUUGUGGAGGCGGCAGGGGAAAUUGGAAGGAAGAGGAGGAGGCAGGAAGAAGAUCAGGAAGUGUACGAGGCUAUGGGAGCGUGUCUGAAUGAAGGCUGGUACAAUUUGCUCCGCGUCCUGGAGAGGCGACAGGAAGUGCUGACGCUGGCAGCAAGCUUCUACCAGGCAGCGUCGCAGUUGUUGCUUGGAGUUGACAACGUCGAAGAUGCUCUGUUACGAGUGGACGUCGGGUCUGCUGACGCUACACUUGCUUUGGAUGCCAUGAGGAGAGAUGUACUAAGAAGUUCUCUGAAGGUUCUAUUGAGCGGCGGCCAGCUUCUUCGUGAGCUCGAACUACUCCAGCGUACUGACAACCUCCGUGGGGCAUCAGUGGUACUGCAGCAGCACACGUCACAAUCUUUAACCUGUUCAACACGGCCCAAAUGCAGUCUUGCCUGCCCCGCUUUACCCAGCCAGCAAGUGGCGGUGAGGGUGGAGUUCCUGUUGGAGUCUCUGCAAGACCGCAGGAGGACAAUGGAGGAGGUGCUCAGACAGCGACUCAGGCCACAGGAGCAUGACAUCACAGUCAGCUCAGAUAUAAGGCCUGAUUUCGGAUUUAAUGCAGAACAAAGCGGAAUGCAGCGAAACCUUUCUACUCUCGAAUGUGAAAGCAGUCUAGAUCCCAAGCCUGGUUUUAGUCCUGAUCCAAAUACUGAGUAUAGAUUCAAUAUGAGGCUACCAUCUCAAUCAGAUAUGAAGUAUGAGGCUGAAGCCAGAGGAGCAAACCCUUAUCCAAAACCUGAAAUCCAAUCCAAUACUGAAUCAAAAUCUGUUCUGAAUCUAGAGUCAUGUGACCCAAAUACUAAAUCCAAGUCAUACCAGAAGCUUGCGUCCACAUUGGAUGAGACCAGAAACCACAUACCAGAUCUGUACAGAUCAGUUGUAAGUCCGAAAUCUGAUCCAGGUGAUGUCAGAGACCUGAAGCAGGUACUAGAAUCAAAGGUAAGUUCUGAAGGGAAACAUUCUCACAGUUCGUGUCUGAUCUGAGUUUCCUUCAGGUCUCGUCUCUUAUACAGCGACACCAGAAAGUCUUGGAAAAGGAAAGUUUGACAUCUAUCAGUGGGAGGAUGCCAGACCUGCAGAAGUGUUUAGGAAACAGGGGGGGACAGAACAACAUGCACAGCGAUGCCCACCGCACUCUUCCGACCAAUUACAAUCAACCACUGCUGCUGAUGUGUCAACAACUGCUCGACAAGGUGUCCAAAUGGGUGGAACAAAGUAGCCUAUUGUUGUCAAAGCAUCGGGAAAUGGGACCUCAGCUGUGGGAGGCAGAGGACCUUCUGGACCAACACCUUCUGUUGUGCACACAGGCUGAGUCUGCCGGUCAUAACGCCAACAAAGUAAUGCAGAUCCUACAACGUCUGCAAGUUCCGUGUACAGGGUCCCAAAACAUAAUUGGACUAGAAGCGCCCAAUGGACGUAUCUCUCAUUUGGCCCGCUUGAAGUAUUUGACCGA